AGAAAGUGGACGUUGAAAACAGCAGCUUUUAGCCUUCGAAUGGAGCUGUUAGGAAGGUGAAUGGCCCGAAUACACUCCAUCAAAUCCCCCACUGGUUCACCCGCGCCUCUGUAGCUGUCGGUGUGUUGUUGUGACAUCCAUUGGUUGACGUGAGCGGGAUGCUGGCCACCAGAACCGCCGAGGAUGAGUCUCCGGACGUGGAGGAGAUGGAUACCCUGGAGCCUAACUGGUAUUGGUUCUACCUGGCCGAGUGCGGGGUGUGGCACAUGUUUGAGAUCGACCCGAGCGCCGAUUGCUCUGUGACCAGCGCUCAGAUCGAGCAGUGUUACAACCGGAACCAGCGCGGCGUCAUGGAGUUCUACACAGCCAAGUACACGUACCGACUGAACUUCUCAGUCAUGCGACAGGUCAACUUGACGACGGGGGCUCAGCGACCAAUCAAGCGAUCCCUCCACUCGGCGACCGGCUUCAGGUUCAUUUGCGACAACCUGGCCUUGCCCGUGCCGUGUCACUGGGAGAGGAUUAACACCGAUGAGCCCUUUCAGCUCGUCCAGUUGGCCAGAGAAACAAAUGAGUUUAAAGAAGUGGCCAGACUGUAUGAAAGGACCAUGGAUCGACCUAUCAAAGCCAUCCAGAGGAUCCAAAACUUGGACUUGUGGGAGUUUUACUGCAGGAAGAAAACGCAGCUGAGGAAAGUGAAGCGCACUCUUGAUAUUGAGGAGCGCAUGCUUUUCCACGGGACGGGCCGCAACAACAUCCAGGCAAUAUGCAUGUUCAACUUUGACUGGCGGCUCACGGGAAGCAACGGGGAUGUCUACGGCAAAGGCAGCUACUUUGCCCGUGACGCCAAAUAUUCCAGCAAGUUCUGCCACAACACCAGCAAGCACAACAGCAACCUGCAGCGGCACGGGUUGGCGCCAGCUAUCUUUGCCAGCGAGCCGUCCUAUAAGAGCAUGUUCUUAGCCCGGGUGUUGGUGGGGGAGUACACGCUGGGCCACCCGCAGUACUGCCGCCCGCCCUCCAAGGACACCAGCCUCACCAACUUCUUCGACAGCUGCGUGGAUGACACGGCCAACCCCAAGAUCUACGUCGUCUUCGACAGCUAUCAGAUCUACCCGGAGUACCUGAUCGAGUUCUACUGAGUCGUCAAUGUGAUCUGUGUAGACCAUAAAGGAUUUCAAGUGCCUUUGAUGAGGACCAUGAUAAGAUUGUGAGAUGUAGCACUCGCACAUGGGACACUGAUGCAAAAUAAGUACUGAAAAGGAAAAGCUGCAAUGGAACAAAACUUAAACCUUCGUGGCCGUUCUGUGCUUAUAUAUCGACGCACAACAUCCUCGUGGUCUCCAUGUGCAGCACGUGUACCCGCAAUACGGAAUGUCGCUUCUCCACGUGUGAAUCAUCAUUCAUCUUGUUGAGAUGUUCCAUUUCUUAGUCGCUUCAGUGUUCAAUGUUGAUUUGCAUGAGAGGAGGCAGAAGUGACGGGAUUCGCCACAAGGUGGUGCAAUAGUACAACUAUGGUUUCAGAGAAACUUCGUCAAUUUGUUUUCAGAAGUCUGUGUAAUUUGCACAUUGUGUGACUAAUAAACGUUAUUUGUAAUAGAAUUCUUAAGAGUGAAAAUAAAAUGUGUUUUUGUUGAUUUUU